AUGGGCCCCUCUCGUUCCGCAUCUCCCGGAACUUCCCGCGUUUCCCUCACGUCGGCCUCUCGUCGUGCUCCCUCCCCAUCGCGCUCCUAUGCCGCACCCUCCGUCGCCGCCCACCCACCCGCGCACUCCACGGGGUUGUCUGGCGGACCUUCCGCCUAUACCGCGCCAUCCCAUCAAAUAGUUCCGCCGCCGCCGCUUUUCGGAACCUCUUCGUCCAACCACCGGCCCUCCUCGCCUUCCCUCUCCGCCGCCUCUCCUUCCAGAUCCAUCUCCGCGACUGCCGCGAACAAGCAUCAUUCGCAGCGUUACACCCUCCCUACGCCAAUCUCCAUUCCGUCCCUCAACCUGACGAGCCCCAGGCACAGUUCUCCGCGCGUCACGCCCCGAAGCUCCAUCGCGAGCCUGCUGCCCAGCUUCGGCAGGUCCGGGGGUUACACUGGGGGAAAUGGCGUAGGAAGCGGAUUCGGGGAGGUUAGAUUCGGUGACCGUAGUUUGGAUGCGGGACAGCCGUCGGGGCCAAUACCACCGGGACCUAUCACAUCCGCAUCGGCAACAGCAGCUUCGUCGUCCUCCGCGCUUGUAGCGGCAGCAACGGCGGCGGUUGCGGCGGCAGCAGCUGCCGAGAGUGCCGCUGCGCCGUUGACCGCGCGCGGAAGCAGAAGCGGAACGCCGGAUUCGCGCCGCCAGCUGUUCCCGGGCGCGGAAGCCCGCGGAACCUCCUUAUCUUCCGCGCCGCCCGUAAACCCGGCCCUCACACCCGCAACGCAGCUCCAUCCCGUCACGCCUGCGCCCGUGCGCACUCCCCGCCCCGCCAGCCCCGUGCUCCCGGGGGACCGCGUAGAUCGGCCGGCGGAAGGGGAAUGGUCGGGGAACAUGGGCGGAGGGGUUCUCCGCGGCUUGAGCGGAGGCGCAGAGGAAGCAGGCAGCGGAGUGAGGGAUGGCGGAGGGAUUGGCGCAAUGAGGUCUGUACAAGUGGCGGUGGGGGGAAGCGGCGGACUGGGGAGGGGGAAAGGAAGCUUUUCUAGCGCGCAGCAGCAGCAGCACAACCGGCGGUGGACGAAUGACGGGUCCGCGGGUGGCGGAGCGGUUUGCGCGUCUCCUGCUUCCGCCGCAGCCACGGGGAGGCCGGAUGCGGACAUGGCGGACUUGCGCUCGUUUGCGGGGGAUGAAUUCGCGUGCAGCAGCGCGGGGAGUCAGCGGAAGGUGGAGCGGAAGGACAGGUGCGCUGAUGGGGAUGGAACACCAGCGGGCGCGGCGCCGGCGGCUGGUGUGGGAACCAGAAUCCCGCGCGAAGGGGGAGAAGGCGGGGGAACAGACCGCGCCGACGCGGUGGGGGGGAUAGGAAGAGCCAGCAUGGGCGCUGGCGCAAUAGGGGGAAUGCCCGGAAUUGGCAGGGGAACAGUUGGGGCGGGAGGUCUGCGAUCCAGCGCGGAAGGGAUGACUGGGGGAUUUGCAGCGGGAAUCGCGGCAGGCAUGUCGGCGCGACCGACUUCCGGGGGAAUACCGUCCGCUUCCGCUUCCGCGCCAGGAGCAGCAGCAGCAGCAACAGCGGCGGCGGCAGCGGCGGCGGCUGCGGCGCCAGCACGCGCGGGCGCGGAUCUUGCGGUGGCGAUGGCGGAGGCAGCGGGGGCGGCGGAGGCGGAGAGCGGAAGCAACAGCCGCGCUGGUUUCCAUCAAAUGGCGGCGAAGACGCGCCUAUGGAGGACGCGCGAGCCCGGAAGCGCGGUCCUGCGCCACGGGUCCAUCGUCGCGCUCGCACUGGGCAACAAGCUGCUGGCCGCCGUCGAAUCCAACGGCCGCUGGGAGCUCGGAACCGUCGAUCCGUGCGCAGAGCCGCCGGCAGGUGCCGCAGCAGGCGCCGUGAGCGACGACGCGGGGCCCUGCAACGAUGAUGCGCAGGCGGCAGCGGCAGCAACGCCAGCAGCGGCGGCUAGUAGUGGUGGCGCUGCCGGUCUCGGUGCGGAUUCUGCCGUCGGCAGCGGCGGCGGCGGCGACGGCGGUGCGUUACAUGGCGGCGCGGGCGCGUUGAAUGGCGGCGGGAUUGGCGGGGCGUGGCCCGUGGAGAGCCUAUUCCUGCUGGUGUGCUUCGGAGGGGGUCGCGUGGGGCUGCGGUCCCUGGCUGCGGACGGGCGGUGCCUGUCCGCUGCCAGCAGCGCGGACGAAUGCCACUACUUCGCUGGAUGGCACUUUCAGGAGCCAGAGGUGUGGUGCAUGCCGCCAGACCUCUCCGCCCUUCCGCCCGCUCCUGCUGCUGCCGACCGCAAGGAUGCGCGCGAGGCACAGGCGGAGGGGGGCGCGGAGGAGACGGCGGACGGGGGCGAGGGGAAGGAGAGGGCGCAGGCGGGAGGGGGAAGGGGCGCGGAGUCCGUGCUGCCUGUGCGCGUGGUGGGCAUGGUGGGUGGUAGCUACAGGCAGUGGAAGCACAUGCAGCAGGAGGUGGCCAAUGCUGCCGGGCUGAGGGGACAGGUGCACCAGCUACGGGAGCGCGUGCGACUGCUCGAAGCCAGUCAAGCCCGAGGGUCCCUCACUGUGCCGCCCCUGGUUGCGGCAGCAGCAGAGGGGGGUGGAGAGGGAGGAGUGAGUGGGAGUAAAGAUGGGACCGGUCUGGGUGCGCUCUCUGUGUGCAUCGGUGGAGAAACUUCCAUUGCUGGAACGAACAGCAGUGACGAGAAGGAGUGGGAGCAGGGAGUGGGGAAGACGCACGAAGGCGGGGAGGGAGUGGAUGGAGCAGGGGUGCUACACCCUGCCGCCUCCACCCCUCCGCUCUCCCCAUCUCUAGCUGCCUCCCUGUUCCAAGCCGCUUCCGUGUCUGAAUCCCCCAUUCUCGCCCCUGAGUCGCCGCUGCUUCCUCAACCGAGCACCUCCCCUCUUCCCUCACCGAUCCUCAGUCUCGAGUGUCCGGCUGCGGGGGCUCAGCUGGAGGCACAGGCACAGGCAGCACGGGCAGCACAGGCAGCACGGGAGGAGGAGAAGGCAGAGAGUGAUGGUGGCAGGGGUGGCAUUCAACAGGGUUUCGGGCGGUUUGGAGGGGCAGGUGAUGUGGAGAAGCGUUGGCAGGCGCAGCUGCAGCAGCAGCAGCAGCAGCAGCAGCAGCAGAAGAAGAAAGAGGUGGGAUGCGGCAAGGGGGCUUUGGGAGGGCUGUACAACCGACCUGCUGUUGGUUCGGCUGAUGAUGCUGUCGAUGCUGCUGAUGCUGCGGCUGCUGCAGCGACGGCUGCUGCUGCUGCUCCAACUGAGAAGAGAGGCACGGAGGAGAGUGCUGUUAGCGGCACAGGAGAUGCAGGGACGAAGCAGCAGGGGCAGGGAGGGCAGCAGUCGCCGGAUAUGGCAUGGCUGCACAACCUCAUCAAAGAGGCGCGCAAGGCAACGGUGUCAGCAUCAACUGUGCUCUCCACAUCACAUGCAUCACCUGCCCCUCACGCCCACCAUCCCGCUGCUGCCAAGCGUUCUGUAACCACGUCAGCCAUCGCAACAUCAGCAGUUACCACGUGUGCUGUCACCCAUGUGGGACACCCCAACCCCAUCGGCCUAGUCCCAACCUCUGACGGGACAGCAGCAGCCAAGGGGGGAACAGCAGGACCAGAAGAGGCAAUACUGUCAGUAGGAGGAGGAGGAGGGGGAUUGCUUUCUGGUGCAGCUGCGGUGGUUAGUGCUGGUACAAGCGAGCCAAAGGAGCUACGCCAUUCUGCUGUUGAGCAUAUGGCAGGGGCCUCUGCUGAGGCGAAGGAGAGGAGACGAGUCGCUGCUGUUGCAGCAAGAGGAGGAGGGGGGGGAGGAGGAGGAGGAGUGGGUGGAACUAGAGCUACAGCGGCAGUUGCGGUAGCAGAAGGAGCAGCAGAAAGGGAGGGGAGUGCAGGAGUUGUGGGGGUUGGGGAAGGAGGGGCGGUGGGGGAGGUGGGUGUGGGAGUUGCAGGUGGUGCGGGGGGGAUGGCAGCAGUGGCAGGAGGGGAGAAGAAAGGGAGGGCGGAGAGGGGGAGUGCUCGCUCCAGGAGUCCCUUGAGGCUCGCUGAAGGUGGGUCUGGUGCCUGGUGCUCGUGCUGA